AUGGCAGAGGCUGCGCAGGAAGACUUUUCGCAGCUGCCACUUCCCGAUCGCUUCACGCAUAAGAACUGGAAGGUUAGAAAGGAAGGUUACGAAGCUGCGGCCAAAGAAUUUAAGCAGACUCCUGACGAGUCAGAUCCUGUAUUCAAACCAUUCUUGCAGGAUUCGGGGUUGUGGAAAGAUGCAGCAGGUGAUUCGAAUGUUGCUGCGCAGCAGGAGGGCUUAACGGCACUUUGCGCCUUUCUGAAGUAUGCAGGACCGAACGCUGCAUCAAGAACUAGGAGCACAGCCAUUGAACCAAUACGAGAGAAAGGCCUUGCGUCAACAAGACCGGCAGCCAAAGCUGCUGCACAGGAAGCGAUACUGCUAUACGUGGAGAAUGACAAGCCUGAUUUCGUCGUCGAGGAGCUCCUGCCUGCCCUCUCCCACAAGCAGCCCAAAGUCAUUGCGGCGACAUUAUCUACAAUCACCAUUAUGUUUCACAAUUUUGGCUGCAGAAUCCUUGAUCCAAAGCCUGUGCUGAAAACACUACCUAAAGUCUUCGGCCAUGCAGAUAAGAACGUCAGAGCUGAGGCCACAAAUCUGACGGCGGAACUUUAUAGGUGGCUGAAGGAAGCAAUAAAAGUCGUUUUCUGGAAUGACCUGAAGCCAGUGCAACAACAAGACUUGGAAAAGCUAUUCGAGAAGAUCAAGGAAGAGCCCCCACCCAAACAGGAACGAUUGACGCGAGCGCAACAGGCCGCAGCAGCGGUAGCAGGAGACAACGAAGAUCAAAACGCCAGUCCUGAAGGAGCAGAGGACGUGGAGGCUGAAGACCCUGUCGAAGUUGAGACUUUAGACCUUGCAGAACCUGUGGAUGUCUUCCCCAAAAUAGCGAAGGACCUGCACGAGAACUUAGCUUCAUCGAAAUGGAAGGAACGGAAGGACGCUCUUGACGCGCUACUCAUCGUCCUGAACGUGCCACGGAUAAAAGAUGGCCCCUUUCACGAGAUCGUGGGUGGUUUAGCAAAGAUCAUACUGAAAGACGCAAAUGUCGCCGUAGUAGGAGUAGCCGCAAACUGCGUCGAAAAGCUUGCUUCGGGCCUCAGAAAAGGAUUCGCGAAAUAUCGAUCUAAUGUCAUGUCACCAAUGCUUGAAAGAUGCAAGGAGAAGAAGCAAGCAAUCGCAGAUGCACUCGGCACAGCACUCGAUGCAGUCUUCGCCUCAACAUCCUUGUCAGACUGUUUAGAAGAAAUGAUCAGCUUUCUGACACACAAGAAUCCACAAGUCAAACUCGAAACCGUCAAAUUCCUGACUCGAUGCCUCAGGAAUACACGAGAUGUACCGACCAAAGCAGAAGUCAAGCAGACCGCCGAUGCAGCCAUAAAGCUCUUGACAGAGUCGACCGAGGUGAUGAGAUCUGGGGGAGCUGAAAUACUAGGAACCCUGAUGAAGAUCUUGGGCGAGCGAGCUAUGGGUCCUUACCUCGACGGACUGGAUGACAUACGGAAGGCCAAAAUCAAGGAGUACUUCGAUGCUGCAGUGGUCAAAGCAAAGGAGCGGCCAAAGCCAAUCGCACCCCCUGCCAAGACUGCUGGCACAUCAGCGUUGGGCAAGAAAGUCACAGCGGGAGGAAAGAAGCCGGCAGGCGUGAAGAAGCCUGCACCCAUCAAUACAGCUCCAGCUCAGGAGGAAGAGUGUACCCCUCUAAAGCCACAACCUACUGCCAGGUCAUUAGCAAAACCCGGUCUGUCAAGACCUGGCUCUGGCCUUUCGGCUCCGGCAGGAUCCAAGCUCAAUGCUCUCAAAAAGCCAGCAAGUGGUGCAGCCUCACCACAAAGACGCGUCAUCUCCCCUCCCAUCAACACCGAAGACAUUGAAACACCCAUUCCCUCUCCUGCCAGAUUCGCACCAGGCCGAGGCGGCCUCGCUGGCCGACCCCUCAACAAACCCACUCCCGCCACAUCGCACGCAGAACCCGCGCCCACCCCACCCCCGUCCUCUGCUAGCCUCUCCGCCGCCGAAAAAGCCGAACUCGAAACUCUCCGCGCCGAAAAUGAGCGUCUCGCCUCUCUUAACGAAUCCCUCCGCUCCUCCAACAGCAAACUCUACACCGAGAUCUCGGAGCUUCAAAACCAAAACGCCCAACUCAUUGAAGACCACACCCGCGACGUGCUGCAAAUCAAAGCCAAAGAGACCCAACUAGUGCGCGCCAGGGGAGAAUGCGACGUGCUGAGAAGCGAGAUCGAGAGCGCGAAAAAGGACAUCGAACGGCAGAAGAGGGAGAUGUCGAGGUUAGGACGGGAGAGUCUCGGAAGACAUCAGCAGCGCGACACAUCAGCCAUCACGCCCACAUCACCUUUACCGCCGGAUGAAAUUAACAAUGGGGGCAUCUACACCGACACCAAUACCAACUCAUCCAGCACCGUGAAUGGUGCGAGACCAGGCACCUCCGUCCUCAGUCGCACCGGCAGCGCCGCCAAGCAGCACCAACAACACGAGGAGAAGGAGAAUGCGGGUGACGCCAACACUGCGCCGGGAUUGUUUAACUCGAGGAGGAAGAUGAGUCCCACCGCCGCUUCUUAUGGGGGUGCGAAUGGGAACAGUGGCGCUACGAGUCCGCACAGGGCUACCGUGGCUGCUGCUGCCCUGAAUGGAGUGACUUCUUCGACGGCAACGACAACGACUGCUGCCAGCGCAAGUGUGAAUGGGAGUCGGGAUCGGAGUCCGGCCGAGCCGGCGGAGAACUGGAGGAGAGCGGCGGAGGUGACGAGUCAGUUGAAGGCGAGGAUUGAGCAGAUGAAGGCACGGCAAGGGCUUUCUCGACCGCAGCAUUGA